AUGCAUCGAUUCUCUGAAGGAAAUGAUAAAAUAAAAGUGGAGAUCCGUGUUGACUAUCGAAGAAUUCAAGUAUUAGAGUACAAUUAUAAACUAGAGAAGAUUGAUUUCAUGAAAUAUAAUACAAGCUUUGAGUAUGAAAGCUGUAAAGUUUAUGAAAAUUAGGAUGAAGUCGAUGAGAUGAAACUUGAGGAACUUGAAAAAUACGGUGAUGUUGUAGAACUUUGUGGUGUUUGGAAUUUUAAAUAUAAAGAAAAUUCGGCUUGCUGCUUAUUAUUUUGA